UGUGGCGCCUCCCGUCAGCCGCGGCUCAGUGCGGAGCCUCCCGCCCGCCCGCCCGUCCCUCGGUACCGCCACCGGCAACUGGACGAAGCGCAAGGUAUCAACAAUUGCAACAAUAUAGAUGUGCCUGGACGUGUCCCUGCAGAGUUACAUAACAAGCCCUGGAAAGUGGGGUUAAAUGAAAGAAACAAUAAUGAAUCAAGAAAAACUAGCCAAACUGCAAGCCCAAGUACGAAUCGGUGGAAAGGGUACAGCUCGCAGGAAGAAGAAGGUGGUACACAGAACAGCAACAGCAGAUGACAAAAAGCUCCAGUUCUCUUUAAAGAAGCUUGGUGUGAAUAAUAUUUCUGGUAUUGAAGAGGUCAACAUGUUCACAAACCAGGGAACAGUCAUCCAUUUUAAUAAUCCUAAAGUUCAGGCUUCACUUGCUGCAAAUACAUUUACGAUUACAGGACACGCAGAAACUAAACAACUGACUGAGAUGUUGCCCAGUAUCUUAAAUCAGCUUGGUGCUGAUAGCCUGACAAGUUUGAGGCGGUUGGCAGAAUCUCUACCUAAACAACCUGUGGACAGUAAAGCGCCACUUGCUUCUGGCGAGGAUGAUGAUGAUGAAGUUCCAGAUCUUGUUGAAAACUUUGAUGAGGCUUCAAAGGAUGAAGCAAACUGAAAUGAUGUUGAUACCCAAAGGAUGACGUGAAGCUGAAAUGGCUUUAGGGGGCUGCUAUCUAUUAGUUUUUUUGCUUUUGUAAUCUUACAUUUUUGUACUGUUACGCAUAUGUUUGCAGUCAUGUGGUGAUCCAUUUAUCCUGGUAUUUUUGUUACUUGUAGCAGCUCUAAUGCUGAAUUAGGUAAAUUGGGUGUUUACCAACCUGGUUAAAAUAGAAAUUCUGAACUGAAUUUGGCUCUGGAUUGGAGUGGAAAUAAAGAAGAAAAGCAUCUAUUUUGGUCUAUUUAAUUGUGGAUUGUAAAAAUAUGUGGAUAUCUAAAUCUGCUGAAAAAUCAAUGGCAAUUUUUACUUGGAAAACAUUUUGGAAGGUGGGAAUUAUUCCAAAAUCUGAGAUGAGGGCUUCUGAUUAUGAUCUGUUAUCUUUGUAAAAUAUUUUGCACCAGGCCUUCUGGUUUUGGAUUCCUAUUGAUUUCAUACUAGCAUUCCCUUUCACAAGUUCUUCUGUGGACUUGAAUAGAAAAUACGGAAACAACACUGGAGUGUGUAUUUUUGUUUUUUUGAGCUGUGAACUAUUCUGGCAUCAUGGCAUUAAAUCACCAGGAUUUAACAAAUGGAUUGUGAAAAGUGAUUUAUUUUAUAGCUACUUUCAAAGAACAUAACCGACAAUCCAAUAUGAUUUGUAUGUAAACAUUAAAAAUAAGCGAUUCUGAAUUAAAAUGUUAUUCAACUCCA